CCUUUUGAUUGAGGUAUACACGAAGUGUACCCAGACGGGAGAGCAAUCACUUUUGUUGGAAUCAAACAUUUGUGGACGUAUAUUACGUCGUAGUGUUUUUUUAGAUAAUUAGCUCAUAAUUAAAAGUGCAGUGCAAUUGCUGAUGUUUUAAAUUUUUAGGUUUUGUUCCAUAAUCAUAUUGCGUUUUUAAUUAUUUUUUCUCCGAUUAGCACGAUGGACGAGGCAUCAGCCGACGUACAGACUCAGCAUAUUCCGAGCGAAGAGUCACUUUUUAACACGUUCGAUGUGGUCCUGUUGGCGGUCGUCAUCGGUGCCCUUACCUGGUACCUGAUGAAGAAGAAUAACAGGAGCGCGGAUAUCGUCGCUAACGGAAAAUCAUAUUCCAUACAACCCACAUCGAUGACGAUACAGUCCACUGGUGAAAGCUCGUUCGUGAAGAAGCUCCAGUCUUCGGGUAGAAGCCUGGUGGUCUUCUACGGAAGCCAGACCGGGACCGCUGAAGAAUUCGCCGGCCGUUUGGCUAAAGAGGGUGUGAGGUAUCGACUUAAGGGUAUGGUCGCGGAUCCAGAAGAAUGUGAUAUGGAAGAAUUAGUGAAUUUGAAAAAUAUACCAAAUUCGUUGGCCAUAUUUUGCAUGGCGACAUAUGGCGAAGGCGAUCCAACCGAUAACGCCAUGGAAUUCUUCGAAUGGCUUCAGAACGGCGAUGCAGAUCUUUCUGGAUUGAAUUACGCUGUUUUCGGAUUGGGAAACAAAACCUACGAGCACUACAACGAGGUUGCCAUCUAUAUGGAUAAACGUUUGGAAGAGUUGGGCGCUACUCGCGUCUUCGAAUUGGGUCUCGGGGAUGAUGACGCUAACAUCGAAGAUGACUUCAUUACCUGGAAGGACAAGUUCUGGCCAGCGGUCUGUGAACAUUUCGGUAUUGAUUCCACCGCCGAAGACAUCAACAUUCGUCAAUACAGGCUGGAGGAGUAUGACGACGCUCCCGACAGAGUGUACACCGGAGAAAUGGCCAGAUUACAUUCCCUUAAAAAUCAACGACCACCUUACGACGCCAAGAACCCCUACCUGGCAAAGAUCAACGUCAACCGGGAAUUGUUCCAAAACAGCGACCGCAGUUGUAUGCACAUUGAGUUCGAUAUUGAAGAUUCAAAAAUGCGCUACGACUCCGGCGACCAUUUGGCCGUAUAUCCAGUCAAUAACACCGAGCUGGUUGAGAAAAUCGGAAGGCUUUGCGAAAAGAAUCUGGAUACCAUCUUUUCGCUCAUUAAUACUGACGAAGAUUCCAGCAAAAGGCACCCUUUCCCAUGUCCUUGUUCCUACCGAACCGCUCUCACUCAUUAUUUAGACAUAACGCAAAAUCCAAGAACCCACAUAUUAAUGGAGUUGGCAGAGUAUUGUUCCGAACCUGCUGAAAAAGAAAAAUUCAAACUGAUGGCUAGCAACACGACAGAAGGCAAAGCAUUGUACAACAAAUGGAUCAUCGAAGAUAAUAGAAAUAUCGUUCACAUUUUGGAAGACAUGCCAUCGUGCAAGCCUGCUCUAGAUCAUCUUUGCGAAUUGUUGCCGCGUCUGCAACCGCGUUACUACUCCAUAUCAUCAUCGGCGAAAGUGUAUCCGAGCACCGUACAUAUCACGGCCGUAGUAGUGGAGUACACAACCCCGACCAAUCGUCUCAAUAAGGGCGUGGCGACCACCUGGUUAAGAGAAAAAAUUCCUAAACCUGACGCGCCUCCCAUUACGGUUCCCGUAUUCAUCCGUAAAUCUCAAUUCAGGCUGCCAACGAAGCCUCAGACUCCGAUUGUGAUGAUCGGACCAGGAACGGGAGUGGCACCUUUCCGGGGCUUCGUUCAGGAGAGGAACUUCUCCAAACAAGAAGGCAAACAGGUGGGCCAGACGAUCCUGUAUUAUGGAUGUAGGCGCAAGACGGAAGAUUACCUUUACCAAGAGGAAUUCGAGGAGUACGAAAAGAACGGGUUGCUCACGUUAAGGGUCGCGUUUUCCAGAGAUCAGGCGCACAAAGUGUACGUCACUCACUUGAUAGAGCAAGACGCGGAUCAGAUUUGGAACGUUUUCGAAAACAACGGACAUCUUUAUAUUUGCGGCGACGCGAAAUCAAUGGCCAACGACGUACGCAACAUACUGCAGAAAAUCAUCCAGAGUAAGGGCAACAUGACUGAGCAACAGGCUCUUGCUUACACUAAGAAAAUGGAGACUCAAAAACGUAUUUCCAUGGACGUUUGGAGUUAAUGUGUACACACUCAAAUUAGGCUGCCUUUAAAAAUUGCAUUUAAACUUGAGACACCGCGCCACUCGACAAGUAUUUUGAUGUAAACGUACGUGCCUUUAUCAGACCUUUGCCUUUGCAAUGCGCUCAGUUCCUGUACAUAAAUAAGAAUUCUGGUUAACUUGAUUAAAUAGUCAGAGUUGUGACAUUGCAAAGUCAACUGUAGUUGGAUUUAACAAAAUAAUUUAAAGGGUCUUUAUUUUAGAUAUUUUUAUGUAUACAAUUUUUAAACAAGCUGACGAAUGGUGCCUAUAUGUGUAAAUAUUAGCAAAGCAAAAAAUAUUACCACAGUUUUGCAGCUACUUUUACUUGAGAUUUAGCCAGGUAGUUUUUGUUUACUUGGGAAUUAAGUAUAGUAUCAUCAGCACCUUUAGGGGGAAUCAAAAUGAAACUAUAUAUUUGAAGAUAUUUGGAGAAUUCUUAAAUAAUCACUAGAUUGAAAAUUACUGCUAACUUUCAUAAUUGAGACAUCAAAAUUAUACUCUUAAGGUGCGUAUAAUAAUAUUGUUUCAACAUUUAUUAAUGUUAAUUUAUAUUUAUUUAGGGUGUAUGUUUAUGUUGCUUUUAUUUUAACAAUUAAGUUUUAAAAAAGAUUUUUUAAUGAAAUGUUUUAAAAGAAUUCUUGGAGUGAGAAAGGUUGUAAAUACUGUGCUGUGUGUCCGAGGAAGGGUUCUUUCUAUACAAAUAUUUUUGUGCAAUUUGCACGUAUCUGUUUUAAAUUAUUGAUGUUAUUAAGUUGGAAAAAUUUGGAAAAAUAUAUUUUUCUAAGCGUU